AUGGCGUCCCUUCUCCGGCCCGCCUCGUCGUGCCCCUCCUUUCGCCUACCCUCCUCCACAGCCUCUGCACCUCCGCCAAGCCUCCUUUCCAGGCGGCACAAGGCACCUCCCUUCCCACCCACGCCCCACGCCCCUCCUUCCCGGCCCCGCGUCGCCGCCGCAGCAGCCUACGGAGGCGCCCAGCUGCUGGGUCCGGUCGACACGCAGACAUUCAUCAUCGCCGCCUCCGUCGUCGCCGCGGUCUCACUGUCUCUCGUCCUCGGCCUUAAGGGUGACCCUGUUCCGUGCGACCGGUGUGCUGGAAAUGGGGGCACAAAGUGCGUCUUCUGCAAUGACGGCAAGAUGAAGGCGGAUAACGGGGUGGUCGAAUGCCGGGUAUGCAGGGGAGCAGGGCUGAUACUCUGCAAGAAGUGCUCAGGUUCUGGUUACUCUAAGCGCUUGUAG